GUUGGAAAUCCAGACUCCGGAAGAUUUAACGUUCUGUUUUAUUGAAUUUGAUUAAUUAUGCAGUAAAACACUGUUUUCUGUACAUUCACGCGAAUUCUUACCGUUACAUAUACAGCAUCAAAUAUUACAUAUUUCUUCUGUAUCAGUUCCCAGCUUUAGUAUUUCUGUGUAUCUGAACGCGUGUAAACUCCGGGGUAGAAGUGAAGUGUGAAGUUUUCCUGAUGGCCACGGCGCGGAUUUCUGAGCUUCUGCCCACGCACAUUGAUCCGGCUCGCGCUCCGGUGGCGUUCGGUAAGCGCGCGCUCCCGAGACUGAUGGAGGAGCUGCAGUGUGAAGAGCUGAAGAGCCGCCAGAUGGCGCUGUGUUCCCUCUGUGAGCUGCUGCACAACCCGGAGAAAGCUUACGAGGCCCUGCAUCAUGGUUGUUUAGAGAGGCUGAAGGUGUUGCUGAAGGAUCAGGACGGCUUUGUGAGGAUGAAAACCAGCGAGGUGCUCCAUCAGCUGGUCACACACAGCGUGGGGAGGGAAGGUGUUCUGCAGAACAACAUGCUCAGCCCCCUGUCAGAGCUUAUAGACGAACCGUGGGACGCCUGCCGUGAGAAGGUGCACGGCGUGUUUAAGAUGAUGUCCGAGUUUCCUGCAGGUGUGACGAGCAUCUGCUCUCUGGGUCUGGUGCCGAGGCUCGUGAUGAAGAUCCCAGUGGAGUGUGAGAACAUCAGGGAGCUUAUCCUGUCCACGCUGAGCGGCUGCAUGAGGCUGGACGCUCGUCCCGCGCUGGCCAGUGACGCCGUGCCUGUGCUGAAGGAGCAGCUGCAGCACCCGUCUGCACACAUCCGCCGUGCGGCUUCUGCGGCCACCAUGGCCAUCAGUGUCCCUGCGGAGGGAAAGGUGAGGGUGUGUGAGGAGAAGGUCGUCCCCGUGUUGGUGAAGCUGCUCUCUGAUGAUGAAACGGAGGUCAGAUCCAACGCCGCUGGAGCGCUGAUGUACACCUCCAUCAUCACCCAAGGUAAAUACCAGGCUCUGGAGGCCGGCGCUGUCCCUCUUCUGCUGCGUUUGAUAGACAGCGAGGACGUAGCAUCAUGUGCUUACGCUCUUCGUGCCCUCACCUGCCUGGCUCAGGCCCCCAGCGGCCGAGCGCAACUCAUCCACAACCUGCCUCAGCUGGAGGAACGACUCUGUCACCCCGCCUCCAUCAUCCAGAGAGCCGCUGCCACCGCCAUCAGGGUCGUCUCCUGGACCCCCUGAGAGCAGAAUAAAGGGAAUCUUGGUGACACGUUUAUUCCAGAAUUUACAUGUUCAUGUUUAUUGAUAUAUGCUGGAAUAUUAAUAAAGGUCAAAGUUUAGA